AUGGGGUGUACACCUUCCCACAGUGAAAUUGUUAACAGCGUUGCUAAGAGUGGCAUCCAGUUUUUUAAAAAGCCGAAAGCAAAUUUGCCAGGAUGUCAGGGGGGCAGUGAAAGAUGCUCCAUCCCUUUGCCAGCUCAAAUCUCCACCUGCUCUGACUCUGGGAGGGGCUUGUCCCAGGGACAGAGGCCGGCAGAGGAGCAGCCAAGUUCCAGAUGGACUCAAACCAGGGCUGAAGGUCUUUGUCAGCUCACGAGAGAUCCCACUGCAGGCAAAAGGAAAGAUGUGGAAGGACUGAUCCCAGAAACCGAAACCUCCCCAUCCCAGCUGAACAAAUUGCACAGCCACAUGGCUAAGGACAUUCCAUUCAAGACACAGACCCACAGGUCACAAGGGGCAGACUUUUCUGGGGAAGAGAGUGAAGAAAGUAAUUCCCAAGAAACCUCCAAAUGGGAAAGGAAGCCAAAAUGCCAUAGGUCAGGCAAACAGGGCCAUUGCUGCCAAACCAUCUUUCCUGCUCCUAGGUCUGAAGACAAAAUAGACUUCCCUGAGCCCCUGGUAAAGGCCCACCAGCAUGCUUACGCCUAUCUGCACUCCUGCCUCUCCAAAUACGAGGCAAUUCUGUGCGUCACCCAUCGGGCCACCCAGACCCAGGAGCUGCUGCAGCCCAUGGUCAGCUUCCUGCUGCAGUGCUUUGAUGAGGUUAACCAGCUCCUAGGGGAGAUCUCCAAGGAUGGAGAAGUGCUCCUCCAGGAAGUUAGGGAGGAUCUGGCUUGGCCAUUGAAGCAAGGGGAGCCCCAGGAACAGCCAGAUCUCCUGCAACAGCUUCUGCAGUACACAGUCAGCAAGCUGCAGGUGCUCCGCGGCACGGUGGCCUCGCUCACCAGCGGCGUCCUGGAGGGCUCCGGCAGCUACCUCCACAGCACCGCAAGCCACUUGGGACACAAGCUGAGCACAAAGAGGGGUGUGGAUGAACGCCUCCUAAGGGCUCUGGGGCAAUUGGAGAGCUUGGCAAGCGACCACACCGACCCUGGAGCGCAGGGUCUACCCUUGUGCUCUGAGGACAGUGGCAUUGGUGCCGACAAUGAGUCCGUGCAGCUGGCAGACAAGCUGAGCAAGCAAGCCAGCUGGGACUUAGGGCCGGAGCCUGCAGAAUGGAAGCCAGUGAUUUCACCCACAGUGGAGGCCAGGCUAUUGGGACAUGCCUGGCAGCAAAGUCCUUUCCAGAUGGGUCCAGACGGACCCCAGGACUGCCCACUCUCAAGGCCUCCUACGGCAAAGGUUCAGCCAGCAGCACAGGGUGGAGCAGGGAGCCCACACCCCUCCAGCACUGAAAAUACCACUUCCAGGCCCAUCGGGAGGGGCAAAAGCACUCUGCGUGAUUGCCUUGGGACUGAGAACUCCGUGGAAGUAUACCCUCCUAAAGGCUCCAGGUUGAUGGACACGCCAUCCCUCAGCGAAGGUGAGGACAGCAGCCCAGAGGAGGAGGAAGACACUUCUCACCUAAGGCCGAGGUCUUCACCUUCUGGCCAGGAAAGCACAUUUCAGCUACUGAGGAGCCCCCAGGCCCAGGAAAUGAUUCUGAAGAUGAAGGAAGCCAUCAGCGAAAGGAUCAAGUUUGUCCCUGUGCCCUCAGGGCACCAAGACUGGGCUGAGGAGGAAGAGAGGAGGACAGCAGUCCCACCGAGACCUAGCACUGUCAGUGGCAGCAGGAGGGCCCCAGAGAGGCAGAGGAGGUCUCAGUCAGAGGGGUGUCUGAAGAGCCACAUGGAAGACCCCACCCUCCAGGAGCUGCGGAGGGUCCAGAGAGACCUCAGCCAGAGGCUGGAGGCGUUUUACGCCCUGGCUGCACGACGGCAGGGGCAGAGCAAGGGGCAGGUUCUGCACCCCAGAGCAGCAGCUGGGAGGCCCCACAACAACUACAGGGUCACCCCGAGCAAUACCAUCAGCAAGCUGAAGGCAUCCCUCACCAAGAACUUCAGCAUUUUGCCAAGUCAAGACAAGAGCAUUUUGCAGAAAUGCAGUCCCCGCCCUGAAAGUGAACAGCCCUGGCAGGGAAAAGCUGAGGGGCUUCCAAAUGCCAUCCCAUCAGGUGAGAGGGCCAGUGAGGCUCCCGGGGCUGAGGACUGGAACUUCAGGGGCCAUGCCACCAGGACAUCAGUCAAGAAACUCAUUGAAACUUUCAGUGCCACUGAGAGUCUGAGGACACUUGGGGAUUCCAAGGACUCCGGGCUGAACUCCUGCCUCAGGAAGUGGGGGGUCCCCAUCAUGCCUCCCAGAUUUCCCAUUUACAGGGGGCUUGCUCCUUUGUAUCCAAAGCCCCAAAUUUCUCCAGCAGCAGGCAGAGACUCUCUCAAGGUGGGCCCAGGCUGGAGACCCUUAGCUCCUGUCUUCCCCCCUCUGCUCACAGCAGAAGCAUCCAAGAGUGAGGACCUCAAUUGUGAAAAUGAGGAGGGCCCAGAGCAUCUCCCUCCACCACCUCUGGAAAUCCUCAUGGACAAAUCAUUCACCUCUCUGGAGCCCCCAGAAAGCAGCAAUCUGGCAAGGUCCUCCCUUGAAGGAACCCACGUGCCAGGGCUGGGAAAGCCCAGCCCUGCCCGGAGAACGUGGGCUUCCUCAAAGCUCAGAGCUUCUAUGGACCCCACUCACCUGCUUCCCAGCAAGAGCACUGCCACCCUCACUGGGCCCCGCAGUGCAGGGCCAGGGAGCAGCAGGAGUGGCUGGAAUACCAGAAAGCUCACCUUGGACCUGAACCACCCGCCAGCAACCGGCCAAAACCCAGAGGUGGAGGGCAGCAGGGCUCAGAGUCAGGCACGAGCGGACAGGGCCGCAAGCCUCUCCAAGCAUCCCCAGAAGGUAGUCUCCUGGCACCACUCUAGCCACACAUCUGGGCAGACCAGGACCUCAGAACCCAGCCUGGCCAGACCAAUUCGAGGGCCACGUUCUCCUGAGGCUCUAAGACAGAGCCAAGAGAGAAGCCCCCCAGUGGUCAAGAAGGCCUCUCCCACAAGGGCACACUGGACACCCCGAGCAGACAAGAGUCACCCAAGCCUGCCCUCCUGUCACAGACCUGCCCAGCCAAGUGUGCCCUCCGUGCACGGCUCCCCCAGCCCACCACUCAGCCCUCUGGCAAGCCCCAGGGUGCUAAGUCCCCCAACAGCGAAGAAAGGAGCUUCCCCACCACCCCAGCACAAGCUGCCCAGCCCUCCCCUGGUGAGCCCACCUGCUCAGCACAAGGUCUCCAGCCCCCCUACCCAGCGCACAGAAGCAAGUUCCCCUGCCUCUGGCCCCUCCCUAUCUCCCCCAGCGUCCCACAGCCAGGAGCUCAAGGAAACAAAAGAUUCUGAAGAUAGUUGGGCAACCACAGCCAAAGCGCCUAGGAAUACAUGUUCCAUAUUCUGCCCGGCCACCUCCUCUCUGUUCGAAGCUAAAUCGCCAUUCUCAACAGCCCACCCACUCAGCCCACCAUCACUGCCACCUGAAGCUGGAGGCUCGUGCGGGACCCCCACAGGAUGCUGGAGGAGCAGCUCAGGGCCACAACCGAGGGCGGACUCACAGCGGGGAAUGGCUCUGUGUGCCCUCAAUCCUCAGCCCUUCGUCAGAAGGACAGCUUCUGACCGCCGGCCGGGCGUCCGCCUGCACCUGCCUGUCCUGGGUGCCACCAGCAAUGCUUGUGAAUCCCAGCAUGGCCAGAGCAGCAGCAGUGAGGAGAGCCCCAAGAAGGACGCAGAUCCGUGGUGCAGCCGCUGCACCCCAGAACUGAAGGGUGGCGGCAGAGAUGCAUCUCCCCCAGAGCUCUGCGUGCUGGGCCACGGGCUCCAACGGGAGGCCCCCACCAGCUGCACCCAGGACAAGCCCCAGCAGAAGGAAGCAGCCUGA